AUGAAGCUCUCGUCCAUCCUCCUCUCCUCGCUCCUGUGCGCCGCCUCCGCGAGCGCACAGUACUUCUCUGAAGGCUGGCAGCCCGGGCAGCAGCAGCAGCAGCCCAACCUCGCCGCCAACGCCCCGCCCCUGCACGCCCCGCCCCCCGCACAGACCUUCGACCGCGCCGCCCCUACAGACAAGCCCGCCCCAGCUCCGCAGAGCCUCACGUCGCUGCUCGACAUCAACCGGCUGCUCACCGCGGGGCCCGUCGCGUCGCUGUUCGGGAAGAUGGGCGUGAACAUCACGGAGGCGGUCGCGCGCAGCGCGGAGUCGCCGUGGGACCUGCGCAUCCCGUUUAUUACGGACGAGAACUUUGACGAGGUCAUCGUGCGCGAGGAGCUCACGCCUGAGGAGGAGGCGGAGCGCGUCUGGUUCCUCAUCAUCUCGGUGACGGCGGGGCAGAACAACGCGAUCUCGAAGUUUGUCGACCAGAGCUUUGACGAGGCGUACAACCAGACGGUCACUGCGGGUGACCUCCCCCAUGUGCGCUGGGGUCGUGUCGACUAUAUCAACGUCACGUACCUCACCACGAAGUGGGCCAUUUGGUCAGGACCGUAUCUGGUCAUUAUCACCGACAGGGGCCAGACACUCCGGUUCUACAAGGCGGACCGCGUGCGCGUCACCGCCGACCUCCUGCGCGACCUGCUCACCGAGGAGCACUGGCGCAACACCCAGCCAUGGAAGACGAACUUCGCGCCCGGCGGAAAGCGGGAGUGGAUCCUGCACUACUACGCGUUCGGCCUGAUGCACGCGUUCAACUUCGUGAACCGCUUCCCGCGCUGGAUGCUCAUGAUCGGGUCGGGCAUGAUCGCGAGCCUCGUCAUGCGCCUGCUGCACAAGAGCCCUGCUGAGCCGACGAAGCCUGCCAACCCGACGGUUGCGGUAGAGGACAGCACGGCAGUGGCGACCAGCAAGUCGGCGGCCAGCAGCACCACGGCGGCGUCGACGGCGACGUCCAGCCCGAGCAAGAGUUCGAAAGGGUCGGCGAAGUCGCGCAAGGGGAAGAAGUAGUUGGGCGGAUGGGUGGGAGUUGGGGCCUGUGUAUCGUAACUUCUUCAUGACGGAUGUGCACGUUCACCUGUAGGGUAUGGCCAGGACGCGGUCGCCCAGCGCAUGUAGUUCUGUUUUGUAGUGCUAUCGUUGCUGCUAAUAUCUAUCACUAUUCUUGC